AUGAGUUCCGAGUACCAGUCCGUCCAACAGGAUGUUGUUGCUGCCAUGGAGGAAAAUCGCAUUUCUCAGAGGAGCUUUGAGCAGAAACACCUCCUCCCUUCAACGCCGGCAUUCGAACCUCUUUCCAUAGACUUUGAAACGGCUUUGAGUGGAAAUGUUAGUCCUGUUUCGACGACUAGCCGACCGAAUGUAGUUCACUCUGUUCAUGGAGACGAUUUUGGCAACGCACUUCAUCAAAUGGCUUCUAGCUCCCACACGUCUAUCGACGAAGAGGAGCAAUCCGAAAAGGGCAAAGAUACGAGAGGCUCAACAACUGCCUUACUCUACAGCCCUUUCUUCCUACGAAAAAGCGUUCUCAUGAUAUUUGCGCUUGCUUGUCUUGUCAUGAUCAUUGUUCUUGGGAUUCUGUAUGCAGUAUCACACCACAACCACGGUCUUGGGUCACCUUCGGAGAAUUUGCAUCUACUAUGGAAAUAUGGCCCGACAGCAGUUAUGCAUAGCAAAGACGCAGGUGCAGAAGAAUCAGUAUUACUCGACUACGUGGAUCCUAUGGGUAUCAUCUCUCUUUUCAAGUCCGUCCGGGCGGCUCACUGGCCAGUGUCUCUGGCCAUCACGGGAGGGCUGCUGUUGAAGUUGGCGAUCAUUUUCUCAUCUGGCCUCCUUGAUCUGGAAGUUAUUCAAGUCCAAGAAACCAGCCCAGAUCUCAUGGCAGACUAUCAAUUCGACACGAACAACUACAGUCUUAGUUCCAUCGAUGGAGCCCCGUACUCGAAUUGGUAUGCAAUACAAAACUUCAAUCUGACCUACCCAGUGGGUACGACCCCAACGCAAGCAUAUCAAUUCUUCAACCUUUCAAGUCCACCAAAGAAUUUUGAUCUCUCGGGAUUGUCCAUGAGUGGCAUCGCGAAUCAAUUUUCCGCCCACUUAACCUGCCAGCCGCUCUUGGAUCGCCUGAAUUAUAGUUAUACCUUCGACGUGGAGCAGAAUUUGAUUCCUUACAACGGCGUCCAGGUCAAUCUGACUAACAAUGACAACCUUGGUUAUUAUAUGUUGGAUAUUGCUUCGCCAUCUUGCAAUGCGCCUCUCCAGGUGGAGACGCAAUAUUUCGGAUCGAUGUAUCUUGUGAAUUGCUCUACGGGUCUCACAACUAUCUCGUGGAAUGGGCUGGCCGAGAUGCAGACCCGAGACAAAAGUCAAGACCAAGUCAUCUUCGCAUUCCGCGGACUCGUCCAGAAUUACACACAGCUUACUGCUGUCCUGUGCCAGCCAUCCUACAAUCUCGGAAACUCGCAGAUCUCACUCCCCUAUAGCCAAGAGAUCUUACCGCCAGAUAUUGGUACUGGCACAAAUGGGAAGUUUGCCGAUCUCUCGGCAUUGGAUGUAUUGGAUGCCUUCCGAGCUGCUGUGGAGCUUCAGCCUCCGGAUCUCAAGCAAGACUUCGAAAAUAGUCCCCUAGGAGAUUACUUCUUCACGGUGCUCAACGUUACGGACCAUCACACAAGUAAUUGGGUCGAUCCCGCAAUUCUGAGCCAGAAUAUUUCCAAUAUAUAUUCCAGUUUUACGGCACAGAUUGCCCGCCGCGUCUUUACUGUGUCUUCAAAUUCUUCCAUUCAGGGGACUAUUACUGGAGACUCGAAUCGUUUAAUGGUUCAGAGUCUGUCGAUGGCGCUGAUCGUUGCUGCGCUUUCAAUCACAAUGUUCGUCGCCACCGCUUUGACUUUCGUCGCUCCGCGAGGAACGACAUCCCGAGAUCCUAGCACAAUUGCUGGGCUUGCCUCAAUUGUCUCUCAAAGUCCAGAUUUUAUGCAGUUUAUGCUAGGAAAAGGCCAGCUCGACCGUUCAUCUUUACUUGAUCAUACAAAACAUUCGAGGUACCGCACAAAUAUGGAUGUCGGUGGUGAAGACCCACAAUUCAAAGUCGAUGUUGUUGAAUUUGGAGAGAAGGAGCCAAAAACAUUGCCUCCAUCGAGUGAAACGAACAUCAAAUGGUGGAAGCCGUACUCAACAACCAUAGUGAACAAAGUGCUAAUUGUUGCCCUGCUGAGCAUGUUUAUUACCCUACUCGAGAUACUCUAUCGGCUUUCUCAACGACGAGACGGACUCGCAUCGGUACCUGACAACGACUAUGUUAAGCUUGCCUGGUCGUAUGUGCCGGUCACCGCAGUUGUCAUUCUUGGCAUGCUCUUGGGUGGCUUUGACUUUACCAUGCGAAUCAUACAACCUUAUCUGGCUCUACGAAAAGGGAAUGCUUCUGCAGCAACCAGUGUUCUAGACGACCAAUUGAAUAGACUUGCUCCGAGCAGGCUCUGGUCAGCGAUGAGAACUAUUCAAUUCACAGCUAUAGCUUCCACUACGGCAGUGCUACUAGUACAUGUCUUGACGAUUGCUGUCAGUGGUCUCUAUGUUGCAGAGCUCAAGCCACAAAUAAUUCCCAACAUCACAAUUUCGCAACUGGAUGCGCUGGAUGGUUCUCAACUGGUGAACGACUCUGCUACAAUCCCAUCGGCUUGGAACGAUGGUUUUGCGGUGACUAUUAACAGAGAGUCUCUACCCGGUCUGGUUCUUUGA